AUGCUGUCAGAUGAGUUUGACUCCAAACCUGAGGUAAGAACUCCACGCUAUUCACCUGCCAACACUAAUACAUGGUGGUAUGUAUCUGGAGUCUUCCAUUUGCAUUUACAGAUCCACCCUUAGCUACAGAACUGUUUGAUAGAUUCUCUCUUCCUCACUUCUGCAGCUGCUGGUUCAGUUUGUCCAGAACGCAUCCAUCCCACUGGGGCAGGGUCUGGAGGACUCAGAGCCCAAACACAUCUGCCUUCCCCUGCUGGCCCCCGCAGACAGCUCCCUAUGCACACAGCUGGGCCUGACAGGUCAGACAGACAGCAUCAGACAGCCAUCAAACAUAAUGACUGGAAAUCAUCAUAUACAAUCUACCAUAUAGAGACCUUGUGUUUUUCAUAUGACAUAUUCCAACUUGGACUAAAUCUCUCUAUGAACAUGCUCUCUCAUUGGUCCUCUAGGCACUAAUGUAAUCUGUGAUUGGUUCCCCAGAGGGUGGUCUCAGCCAUGUGUCAGCGAGGUCUCCUUCCCUUUCGGAGUUUGGGGGCGCAGAGCGGAGCUCCAUGGUGGUGCACCACCACCACCCCCGCAACCCUUACACGCCCCCCAGCCCCCCUCUCGUCCUCCAUGACCUGCAGCGGUCAGAGAGCACCUCCUAUGUCCUACUCAACCUCGCCAAAGGUAUGGAGACGCAGGCCCCAGGCAUAAAACAAAUCAUAUAUAUAACACUUCUAUCACCAUAUUUCUAUAUGGGCAAGUCCCCUGUAGCUCAGUUGGUAGAGUGGGUUGAGUUACUGACGUGAUCUUCCUGUCUGGGUUGGCGCCCCCCCCUUGGUUUGUGCUGUGGUGGAGACCUCUGUGGGCUAUACUCGGCCUUGUCUCAGGAUUGUAAGUUGGUGGUUGGGGAUAUCCCUCUAGUGGUGCGGGGGCUGUGCUUUGGCGGAGUGGGUGGGGUUAUAUCCUUCCUGUUUGGCCCUGUCCGGGGGUUUCUUCGGAUGGGGCCACAGUGUCUCCGGACCGCUCCUGUCUCAGCCUCCAGUAUUUAUGCUGCAGUAGUUUAUGUGUCGGGGGGCUGGGGUUAGUUGGUUAUACCUGGAGUACUUCUCCUGUCUUAUCCAGUGUCCUGUGUGAAUUUAAGUAUGCUCUCUCUAAUUCUCUCGUUCUCUCUUUCUCUCUGAGAACCUGAGCCCUAGGACCAUACGUCAGGACUACCGGGCAUGAUGACACCUUGCUGUCCCCAGUCCGCCUGGCCUUGCUGCUAUUCCAGUUUCAACUGUUCUGCCUGCGGCUACGAAACCCCUACCUGUCCCAGACCUGCUGUUUUCAACUCUUAAUGAUCGGCUAUGAAAAGCCAACUGAGAGACCUGAGCCCUAGGACCAUACGUCGGGACUACCGGCCGUGGUGACUCCUUGCUGUCCCCAGUCCGCCUGGCCUUGCUGCUAUUCCAGUUUCAACUGUUCUGCCUGCGGUUAUGGAACCCCUACCUGUCCCAGACCUGCUGUUUUCAACUCUUAAUGAUCGGCUAUGAAAAGCCAACUGAGAUUUAUUCCUGAUUAUUAUUUGACCAUGCUUGUCACUUAUGAACAUUUUUGAACAUCUUGGCAUGGUUCUGUUAUAAUCUCCACCCGGCACAGCCAGAAGAGGACUGGCCACCCCUCAUAGCCUGGUUCCUCUCUAGGUUUCUUCCUAGGUUUUCGCCUUUCUAGGGAGUUUUUCCUAGCCACCGUGCUUCUACACCUGCAUUACUAGCUGUUUGGGGUUUUAGGCUGGGUUUCUGUACAGCACUUCGAGAUAUUAGCUGAUGUAAGAAGGGCUAUAUAAAAUAAAAUUGAUUGAUUGAUUGAUUGAUAGAGCAUGGCGCUUGCAACGCCAGGGAUGUGGGUUCGUUUCCCACAGGGGGGUCAGUAUGAAAUUGUGUGCACUCACUAACUGUAAGUCGCUCUGGAUAAGAGCGUCUGCUAAAUGACUAAAAUGUAAAUGUAAAUAGACAGUUUCCUUUCCUCUAGGGCAUGCCUGCAUGUGGUGCUGUAAUGUGAAUAGGAGAUGUCGAUACUCUUUGAAGAAAGAGGGUUUCAGAUGUUUUCGGAAAUGGGCAGGGACUCUGCUGUCCUAGCAUCAUGGGGAAGCUGGUUCCACCAUUGGGGUACCAGGACAGAGAAGAACUUUGACUGGGCUGAGUGGGAGCUGACCUAAGUAUUUGAACAAAUAUCACUUAUCGUGUGUUAAAGUAGUCAAAGGUUUAUUAUUUGGUCCCAUAUUCCUGACACAAUUACUACAUCAAGCUUGUGACUCUACAAACCAGUUUGAUGCAUUUACAGCUUGUUUUUGUUGUGUUUCAGAUUCUGUUUUGUCCAAUAGGAAGUGAAUGGUGAAUAAUGUAUUGUGUCAUUUUUAUUAUAGAAGAUGUUUGUGAACACUUCUACAUGAAUGUGGAUGCUACUAUGAUUAUGGGAUAAUCAUGAUGAGUGAGGUAGCCUAGAGGUUAAGAGUGUUGGGCCAGGAACCGAAAUCUAGCCUCUGUAACUUUCUUACUCAUCAUUAUUCAUGAUAUUUUUGUUUUUGUUUAUUUUGUUUGUUUUUUACCACCUUUUUCUCCCCAAUUUCGAUCUUGUCUCGUCGCUGCAACGGGCUCGGGAGGCAAUGGUCGAGUCAUGCAUCCUCCAAAACAUUGACCUGCCAAACCGCGCAUCUUAACACCCGCCCGCUUAAACCGGAAGCCAGCCGCACCAAUGUGUCAGAGGAAACACCGUUCAACUGAUGACCGAGGUCGGCCUGCAGGCGCCCGGCCCACCACAAGGAGGCACUAGAGCGUGAUGAGCCAAGUAAAGCCCCCGUUAGGCUGACGCUGGUCCAAUUGUGCGCCGCCCUAUGGGACUCCCGAUCACGGCCGGUUGCAGUGAUGGUAAUAUUAAUAUAGAAAAUAUAAUAAAAUAAAAAAACACCGGAAGUGCGAUAUACGUUGAAGAAACACGAGAAUAUAUGUAUGUACAGGUCAGUGCCAGUACCUUAUUCAAUGUGCAGGGGUACUGGAGUGGUUGAGGUUGGUUUAUACAUAAAAAGUGACUGGUGGUAGGAUAUACACUGCUCAAAAAAAUAAAGGGAACACUUAAACAACACAAUGUAACUCCAAGUCAAUCACACUUCUGUGAAAUCAAACUGUCUGCUUAAGAAGCAACACUGAUUGACAAUACAUUUCACAUGCUGUUGUGCAAAUGGAAUAGACAACAGGUGGAAAUUAUAGGCAAUUAGCAAGACACCCCCAAUAAAGGACUGUUCCUAUUCUUCCUGGCUGAUGUUUUGGUCACUUUUGAAUGCUGGCGGUGCUUUCACUCUAGUGGUAGCAUGAGACGUAGUCUACAACCCACACAAGUGGCUCAGGUAGUGCAGCUCAUCCAGGAUGGCACAUCAAUGCGAGCUGUGGCAAGAAGGUUUGCUGUGUCUGUCAGCGUAGUGUCCAGAGCAUGGAGGCGCUACCAGGAGACAGGCCAGUACAUCAGGAGACGUGGAGGAGGCCGUAGGAGGGCAACAACCCAGCAGCAGGACCGCUACCUCCGCCUUUGUGCAAGGAGGAGCAGGAGGAGCACUGCCAGAGCCCUGCAAAAUGACCUCCAGCAGGCCACAAAUGUGCAUGUGUCUGCUCAAACGGUCAGAAACAGACUCAAUGAGGGUGGUAUGAGGGCCCGACGUCCACAGGUGGGGGUUGUGCUUACAGCCCAACACCGUGCAGGACGUUUGGCAUUUGCCAGAGAACACCAAGAUUGGCAAAUUCGCCACUGGCGCCCUGUGCUCUUCACAGAUGAAAGCAGGUUCACACUGAGCACAUGUGACAGACGUGACAGAGUCUGGAGACGCCGUGGAGAACGUUCUGCUGCCUGCAACAUCCUCCAGCAUGACCGGUUUGGCGGUGGGUCAGUCAUGGUGUGGGGUGGCAUUUCUUUGGGGGGCCGCACAGCCCUCCAUGUGCUCGUCAGAGGUAGCCUGACUGCCAUUAGGUACCGAGAUGAGAUCCUCAGACCCCUUGUGAGACCAUAUGCUGGUGCGGUUGGCCCUGGGUUCCUCCUAAUGCAAGACAAUGCUAGACCUCAUGUGGCUGGAGUGUGUCAGCAGUUCCUGCAAGAGGAAGGCAUUGAUGCUAUGGACUGGCCCGCCCGUUCCCCAGACCUGAAUCCAAUUGAGCACAUCUGGGACAUCAUGUCUCUCUCCAUCCACCAACGCCACGUUGCACCACAGACUGUCCAGGAGUUGGCGGAUGCUUUAGUCCAGGUCUGGGAGGAGAUCCCUCAGGAGACCAUCCGCCACCUCAUCAGUAGCAUGCCCAGGCGUUGUAGGGAGGUCAUACAGGCACGUGGAGGCCACACACACUCCUGAGCCUCAUUUUGACUUGUUUUAAGGACAUUACAUCAAAGUUGGAUCAGCCUGUAGUGUGGUUUUCCACUUUAAUUUUGAGGGUGACUCCAAAUCCAGACCUCCAUGGGUUGAUACAUUUGAUUUCCAUUGAUCAUUUUUGUGUGAUUUUGUUGUCAGCACAUUCAACUAUGUAAAGAAAGAAGUAUUUAAUAAGAUUAUUUCAUUCAUUCAGAUCUAGGAUGUGUUAUUUUAGUGUUCCCUUUAUUUAUGUACAUGUAAACAGGGCUGAAAAGUGACUGGAAGCAGGAAUAUAUAAAUACUUAUGGUAAUAUAUUAAUGGUAAUAUAUACAUGUAAACCAGAGUAAUAGUGACCAGUACCAGGAUAAAUAGAUAAAACAACCAAAACUAGCUGCAAAUGCAUCCAACGAGUUUGUAGAGUCACAAGCUUGAUGUAGUCAUUGUGUGCUAGGAAAAUGGGAUCAAAUGCUAAACAAAAGUAUGUGGACACCUGCUCAUCGAACGUCUCAUUCCAAAGUCAUGGGCAUUAAUGUGGAGUUGCUCCCCCCUUUGCUGCUAUAACAGCCUCCACUCUUCUGGGAAGGCUUUCCACUAGAUGUUGGAAUAUUGCUGCGAGGACUUGCUUCCAUUCAGCCACAAGAUCAAUAGUGAGGUCGGGCACUGAUGUUGGGUGAUUAGGCGUUGCUCGCAGUCUGCGUUCCAAUUCAUCCCUAAGGUGUUCGAUGGGGUUGAGGUCAGGGCUCUGUGCAGGCCAGUCAAGUUCUUCCACACUGAUCUCUACAAGCCAUUUCUGUAUGGACCUCGCUUUGUCCACGGGGGCAUUGUCAUGCUGAAACAGGAAAGGGCCUUCCCCAAACUGUUGCCACAAAGUUGCACUGCUCCAGAGUCCAAUGGCGGCGAGCUUUACACCACUCCAGUCUACGCUUGGCAUUGCGCAUGGUGAUCUUAGGCUUGUGUGUGGCUGCUUGGCCAUGGAAACCCAUUUCAUUAUGCUCCAGACGAACAGUUCUUGUGCUGACUUUGCUUUCAGAGGCAGUUUGGAACUCCGUAGUGAGUGUUGCAACCGCGCCGCACACUUCAGCACUCGGCGGUCCCAUUCUGUGAGCUUGUGUGGGCUACCACUUCGUGGCUGAGCCGUUGUUGCUCCUAGACGUUUCCACUUCACAAUAAGAGCACUUACAGUUGACCGGGGCAGCUCUAGCAGGGCAGAAAUUUGAUGAACUGACUUGUUGGAAGGGUGGCAUCCAAUGACUGUGUCAUGUUGAAAGUCACUGAGCUCUUCAGUACGGGCCAUUCUACUGCCAAUGUUUGUCUAUGGAGAUUGCAUGGCUGUGUGCUCGAUUUUAUACACAGGUGUAGCUGAAAUAACCAAAUCCACUAAUUUGAAUGGGUGUCCACAUACUUUUGACCAUGUACUUUGGUACACUUUUUGUGAAAUUUGUCCAAAUACUAUUUUUUACUUAGCUUUUUUAACCUGAACAGUUGCUGCACGAGGGAGAUACGGUGACUCUGCUGCUGCAGAAGCGGGUGUGGGAGGGGUCGGUGUGUGAGGAAAUGGUGUUCAGGGAGGUGGAGAGAGACACAAUGUCGUCUAGUCAACUCGCAGCUGCCAUAUGUUAUUUAUCAUCCAAUCUGAUAUUCGAAUAACCGUGCUCAUCCCUAGUAUUGAAAUGAAUGCUGUAUUUAAUUGUUAUCUGUACUUUGGUGUGACAAAGCAGCUUUGAAAUGUCAAGCAAAUGCACCGACAAGUGUCAUUAUCUCAUCUCUGGAUGAUCUGUCUGUGCUAUGCUCUGUCUCUGUCUGGCAAAUGAUCACAUUUAUUCUCUUAUGACCUUGUUUUGUUUAUAUUGUAGGACUGAGAUAACGUGACAAGGACACUUCAUCAUGCCCUGACAAACUCUCUCCUGCUCCACCCUCCCACCCUCUUUCUCCAGGCCUAGCAGCCUCCUCUGAGCCACUAAUCUUCUCAGCAGAUGGGGCAGAGGAGGAGGAAGAAGAGGUGAUCUCGUCUGGGGAGUGUGGCUUGGACGGCACUGCCCCCUGGUACCUGCGGGUACAGGAGCUGGCACACGACAGCCUCAUCGCAGCAACGCGGGCACAGCUGGCUAAAGAUGCCAAGGCUAGCCAGGACGCUAGGGCUGGGAAUGGCAGCAACAGUAAUGUCUCACUUAUUUUUUUGAUGGGUUUUUAUGGUGGUGGGUUGACUUUUAAUGAUGGUUUACUGUAGGGCUGUCCCCAAAAAAAAAAAAAAAAAAAAAAAAAAAAAAAAAAAAAGAUUGGUCGACCGAGAGUUGUGUUCUUUCAAUUAUUUUUCUAUUUACACACCUUAUGUGUUUGAAUAAAACCAACUACAUAUGCACUGAGCUUGUCUGAUGCUUUAAGCACACUGUUUGAUUCAAUAAUGAAGACACACAAAUGACUCAAGAAAGAGCCUGAUGGUCACACUUUGUUAAAAAAAAUGACAGUGAGUGCCUGUGUGACUGACGCACGCUGUCUCACUCUCCUCCCUACUGCUGCGGAAAGGCACCACAGCACAGCAGGUGUCUAUUGUGCUGUCCGUGCUGAAGCUGAAACAUAAUUUCAGCCAUUUAGUUUCUUACUUGUUUCAGACAGAAGUUCUGUAACCGAAAUCCCUAAUUUGUUUAGGAAACACAUUCCCUAUUCCCUCAACCCUUGCUCUCUUUACGUGAAACAUGUAAGCAUCACAUGCAUGUGUCCAAUAGGGCCUGACCUAUAGCCUAUCAUAAUGACAUCAAUAUAUUGGUCAUAACAGACUCGGAACACAGUAAUGUCGACAGAAAUGGAUGCGGAGGACGUGAAAAAGAAACUCGAAACAGGCGAAUGUUUACUGGUUGCUCAGGAAGGAAAGGAGAAGUCAGAUCUGUGGAAGACAUUUGACUUACUGUGCCUUGCAAAAGUAUUCAUCCCCCUUGGCGUUUUUCCUAUUUUGUUGCAUUACAACCUGUAAUUUAAGUGGAUUUUUAUUUGGAUUUCAUGUAAUGGACAUACAGAAAAUAGUCCAAAUUGGAGAAGUUAAAUGAAAAAAAUUACUUGUUUCAAAAAAUUUGAAAUAAUAACGGAAAAGUGGUGCGUGCAGGAGGGUAUAUGAGCAACUGUUGCGUGAGUAUUAUGUGUGCCAAACAGUUGCUGUUAGAUUACAUUAUUAUUCCUUUUUCUGACCAUUUGGAACAGUGUAAACAACACUAAAUAAAUAAGUAUACCAGAGAGUCUGGUCUAAUGAAAAAUAAAUAACAUAAAGCCUUUUAUUACAGCAGACUAAAAACAGUUGCAGUUUAUUUAUUGUUUAGGCUAAUUAUUUGUUUUUUCAUUUAAACUAAAAUGCUUGAUUGCAUUUCAAAGCAUGAAUGUCUCGUAUGCUGUGUGAUGGCAUGAACGAAUAAAUGAUUGAUUGAUUCAGUAGCCUAUAUAUAGAAAUAUAGGCCUAAGUAAGUUAAGGUAUUAAGACUAAACAGGAUGCGCUCUUAGGCCUGCAGCUCAAUGGUGGUUAUACAAGGCUACUAUCCAAAGCCUACUCAUGAUAACGACAUUACUUAUUAUUAUAAUGAUGAUCAUAAUAAUAAUUGUAAUAAAAAGCAGACCAAGAAAAAGGAGGGUAUAGGAGCGAGAGCUGCGUGCAUAUUAUGUGUGACAAAAUGUACAAACCGGUGCUGUUAGAUUACAAUAUUUAUUUUUCUGCCUGUUUGGAACAGUGUAAACAACACUAAAUAAUAAGGAAUACCAGCCUGUUCUAACAAAAAAAGAGAGUGCCAAGAGUGUGCAAAGCUGUCAUCAAAGCAAAGGGUGGCUACUAAUAUAAGAUAUAUUUGGUUUAACACUUUUUUAGUUACUACAUGAUUCUAUAUGUGUUAUUUCAUAGUUUUGAUGUCUUCACAAUUAUUCUACAAUGUAGAAAAUAGUAAAAAUAAAGAAAAACACUGGAAUGAGUAGGUGUGUCCAAACCUUUGACUGGUACUGUAUAUGGAUGAUCUAUACUCCAGGCACAUUUAACAGUUAGGGUAUUGAUUAUAGACCUAAUUAAGUUGGUUUGCUCUCUCCUCAAUUUUCUUAGACAAUUAGGCUAAGGCUUAUUCAUAUAGGAGGACUAGUAUUACUAGAGAACGUUGGUUAUGUAAUUAUUACCCCAGAAUGUCCGUUAUUCCAGAGGACCAUUCGGACAGGAUUAGUUUUUCUCCAAACUGCCCCCUGUAUUUCUUAAUUUUUUUUCAAAUAAAUUGACAGUUAUGACGCAAGCCUAGAGGUUUUUUUCUAGGCGUGAAGAUAUUUCAACAACUCCAGGCGAUAAUAGGGCUACACUGAUAACUCGAGCUUGGUUCCCAAGUUUCUAAACCAUACCAAACCAUCUUUGGUAUAGUGUCUCCAUAAUAUUUGAAUUGAGGAAAUGUGAUCAUAAUCAUUAGAAUAUUUUAGCGAUCCGCAGUCGACGUCCUAAAUGCCCCCAAGCCUUCAGAUGUGAGCUAAACAGUGCACUUGCAUUUGGGAUGCGUUUUUAAGUCUAUGAAUGCGAAAGUGAACUUAUAAUUUCCAAACGUUUAGGUUAGUUUUAUGCUGCUUUGCUAUCUAUAAACAGCAAGGGUUACAUUAAAUAGGCACAAUAUGUUUUACUGGCUGGAAUUGUUACUCUCCUGCCAUGUACAAAUUACUGCCAUGGCAGAUUCGGACAGGACUAAAAUGACAGAUGUGUUGUUUUGUGCUUGUGCACAUAAUUAUAUUCCCCUCCCCAGUUAAAUGAAUCUAGUUUGAAUAGGGCUUAAGGCAAGAGCUGUUCCCUCGUCUCUGCUGCUGCUGCCUCCGCCGCAUUGUUCUCAAUCCCAAUAUGCUGGUUAAUUUAGCUAUUAUGCACAUAGCAACAUGGGGAAAGGCACCAAUUCUACGGUGCACUGAAUAUAAUGUUUCAGAACCGUGACCAUAUCCAACACGUGAGAAUGCGCAUUUGUUAUAAAAUAACAUUAGAUUUUUUUUACAUAAUAUAACAAUAUACAAUUUCAGUAUCACAUGUCUAAGUGAUGGACUGUGCCAUCCCUGUGGCCUCCGCAAUGGAUUAGUCCACUGAGACAGGCGCCAAUCAGAUUGUUGUGUUGUGCAUCAUGAAAAUAAAUCAACCAGUCGACUAAAUGGGGUCAGCCCUAGUUUACAUUCACCAACCGGCCACUGACUGAAGAACAAGUGUUAUAUUUAGCUGAUACUGGGUAUUUGGUAUUUAUUAGGAUCCCCAUUAGCCGCUGCAAAAGCAGCAGGUACUCUUCCUGUGCACUAUAAUGCACAGGAAGACUUCAGUACAUGAUAUCACUCUGCUUUUGUUGCCUAGGUGACCACCUGCCCAGCUUCCUGUCGGAGGGGGCGAAGAGAGAACAGCCGACGAGGACCAAUCGUACGCUGUCGUCUAAACAGAUCCUCCGCUGCUCCUUUGAGGGCUGCUACAGAACCUUCACCUGGCCUGCUCACCUCAAAUAUCACCUCAAAACACACAGGUACACACACACACACACACACACCAUAUUCUCCAUAUUCUCAAAUAUCCCCUCAAAUGUUCAUAUACGUCUGUGUAUGUGCUUGCUUGCGUGUGUGUGUCAGGAACGACCGUACGUUCCGGUGCGGGGCGGAGGGCUGUGGGAAGAGUUUCUACGUACUGCAGCGUCUGCAGGUCCACAUGAGAACUCACAACGGAGACAAGCCCUUCAUCUGCAAGGAGAAGAACUGUAGCAAGAAGUUCACCACCGCAGGAAACCUCAAGAACCACAAACGCACACACACAGGUGGGGACAGUCAGACACACACACACACACACACACACACACACACACACACACACACACACAUAGAGGUACACAGAGCUAGAGCUCAAGCGCACAUACGCAGGAAGGACAUCUCUUUUAGUCUGCUCUGUAUCCGGUAGUACAGCAUAGAAGUAAAGUAAAUGUCUUUUAUAUGUUUCAAGUGUUUUCAGUGAUGUGGGAGGAUAUGUGCUAAGUGUGUUUGUGUGGGAGAGAGUGGUAUAAUGCUUGGUCUGAGAAAAAAAGUGUGAUCAUUGUGUGUGUGUUGUCUACAGGUGAGAAGCCUUAAUACUGUAUCUACCUUCAAGCAUGUGUGUGUGUAGGAAACGUGUGAUCAUUAAUUGGUGUGUGUGUUGUCUGUAGGUGAGAAGCCCUUCUUGUGUGAAGCAGAUGGUUGUGGUCGGUCCUUCGCUGAGUACUCCAGUCUACGCAAACACACGCUCGUACACUCAGGUGGGAACAACACGCCAGUUUCAGCUUUUCAUUCUAUAUAUAGUGAAAUUACAACAGUUAGCUUUGUUUAACUAUGUCAACUGAAUAUGUGGAAAUCGAGUUCCUACUGUCUAUGAACACAUAACUUUAGCUUCAGUGUGUGUCACUGGUUGUGUCUUAAAUGACACCCUAUUUCCUAUAUAGUGCACUCCUUUUGACCAGAGCCAUAUGGCCUUAUGCUUAAAGGUAGUGCACUGUAUAGGGUGCCAUUUAAGAUGCUGCCACUGAUAUGUGUUACUGUGUAUAUCGUGUUCCAGGAGAGAAGCCCCACCAGUGUGGGAUCUGUGGGAAGACGUUCUCUCAGAGCGGCAGCAGGAACGUCCACAUGAGGAAGAGACACGGAGAGGAGGCUCUGGGGAACGAGGGCAGAGAAACGGGUAACACACACAUGAACUAGGCCAGUGGUCGCCAAGCCUGGUUCCAAGCGUUUUUUCCAACCCAGCACAAACGUACCUGUGUGUGCGUGCGUAUGUGGAACCAGCCCGUUGUCUUCCAUCUGGAAUGUUCGAUAUGACACACAAACACACCUGUGAUGUACAGCAUGUCCCCUGUGUGUGAUUGACAGGUGAGGCUCUGACACACAGCAGUCUACUGGAGGCCGACGGGUCGCCCGGCGACACCAUGGUCACCAUGACUACAGGGGUGGAGCCAAUUAACAUCCACCACGCCAUGCUGCGAGGCCAAGGUAGACACACACACCUUGUCAUACAACCCGUCAGAAAUGCAAAACCCCAAUACUCUCCAAUCCUAAUACUCUUUUACAGUUAGCGAUGCUGUUAUGAUAUUAUUCAGGACUUCACUGAAAUCAAGGGUAUCGUCCAGGGGAACAUAGCCUAACUAUGACCAUGUAAGUUAUUUUAUUUAAUGCCUUCCCUCCUUCGAACUCAUCUCUUCCUUUACUCCCUCUUUCUAGGCUCGGCAGACUCAGUGGUCGUUCUCGCACAACCCCAUGACCUUGUCACCAUGACAACGGCAAGCCACACGUACGCAGAGGAUGUGGUGGCCCUGUUGUAGUCAAGUCUGUUGGGCAAAUCUCAGGCAUUUGAGGCAGAGCUCUCUGUACAUAGAUGCAUCCUUCACUUUUAGCCCUGUAGAUAUCUGUAAUUAGCUGAGGGUUUUAUUUUGAGAAAAAGGCAGUAUGAAAUGUUCUAGAACUUGUACAAACAGACAACUUUUUCUGUAGUUUAUAAAUACAAAGAAUUAUCAGGUGACUUUCCAAAGAAAUAAGAGACAGGUAUACAAAUCAUGAGUUUUAUUAAAAGAAAGUACAUGUAUAGUUACCUGGAUGUCAUUGUGAAACAUACUAAAUCAAUUGUGUAAGCUCACCUGGGAGCAGAUAUGGCUAAAAUGCAGUGAUAUCCCUUUUGUAAAACAAUAUUAAGGCUGUUGUUUUUAGCUUAAUUCACAUAAAUUGAUCAAGUCAUUAGCUGACAUAAGACUAUUUGAAAAUGACAUGAAAUGUGCUCCACAGCAAUGUGCUUCGUCCCCCAUCAUUAAUAGAAAGGAAACUUUGAAAACAGUUCCAAAUUCACAAGCUGCUAUUGGAACUAAGGCACAGGAAGAUUUGAUGCACAGAGGGCUGCAUGUAGAACAAUUGAACACAAUAUUUUUGCAAAGCACGCUCUACACACAUACCAGUUUAUUUUUUAAUGAAAAUAAAUAUCAGACCCAAGUGGUAUUAAACAGAUGGUCAAAAUAUCCAUCUUUAUACAGUAACACAAGUCAGUUGAGUUUCAGUCAGCAGCCGCCCCCAGUGCUUUAAUAGAGAUGUAUAUUAUAUAAGACCACUGUGCUAUAGCAGCCAGUCACAUGAGAACAACAGAUCUACUGAACUAUGGUACCAGCCAUUUAGGUGUUGGGUAACAAAAUAGUUGUAACAAUUGUAAUGUUAUCUCAGAAAUGUCAAAUCUUGAUAGUGGAAUAGUAAGUCAAAGAUGCAAGACAUUACAAUACACAGCAAGGCAGGAAUAAAGGCUGUUACGUUUAAAACAACAAGGAUUCCUCAGUCCAUUUAUUUAUUAACACUAUCUAAUCCAGUGGGUUUUCCCCUCCUGCCCACCCAGACUUGUGGCUCCUUGUCUCUCAGUGGAUCUUUAGGUUCUGGAAGUGGUUGAAUGUGGCACCUAAAGCCCAACUUGUCUCCACAUUGUUGACUUUCUUAGUCAGCUAGGGAAGGGAGACAAAACACACACCAAAUCACUCAACCUGACUUUUUGUAUUUAUUUAAAUAAAUUAAAACGUCUAAC